AGUGUACGUUGCUUUCAAAGGCUUACAAACAUCGAUCUGUGAAAGUAGCAAACAUUGAACGGAUAACGCGGAUACUUAUAUGGCGUCCAUGUGUUAUCAACUUAUCAUUUGUUCAAUAUUAGCUCGCGGUACUACUCUCGGAGAUCGGAGAUAUGAUGAUCGCAAGACCAAGUAGAAAAGGUUAUAACAGAGAUACGGGAUACUUCUUGAGAUUUCGGUGGCAGGUUUUGUGACAUCGGGUUAAGAUAUUUUGAAGUGUUUUAAAGACUCGCGGAUGUGGGAAAAUAGUUCAGCACAGGAAUCUCUAAGAUCAUUGGCUGUGUAUUGUAGGCAAACGGAUUAAUGUUAAACCCGAAAAUACAUUACCAGGCCGACAUUGCUGGAUCGUCCAUGACACGUUUAAAGGCUCUUUAGUUGUGUGCGAUUGAAGCACAUUAAGAAGUUAUUUGAGACAUUGGAUGUUUGUGGAAAUUUACGAAAUUAUUACUAAUUAAUAAUAAUGGACGUGAAUUCGCAAAUUGAGACUUUCGAAUGAGUACGCAUGUUGUUAUGAUAUCCAAUUAAAUAGUUGUCAACGUCUUCUUAAACUCGUGAAUUGUAAGAACAGCCACAUCGCCAGGUCACAGACAUCGUAUAUUUUCGUCAAGUCACUGAAUGGACUCAUUUGCUUAUAUUACAACAUAAACAUAGGGACAUCGUGUAUUUGUAUAAUGGAUAUAUCGCUACAACCUGCACAAGUGUGCACUGUUCAGAAAUUUACGACCUUGCCUUAAGUUUUAACGGGAUGGUAAAUCAUUAUCGAACGAAUUAAAUCUCAAGUGUUCGUUUUAACAGUGCAAUUUUAAACAGGCUUUGCAGCUAUCAUUCACAAUGUUCAACAGGCUCAAGGAUCGCGCCAAGAUUUCGGACCAAGAUCCGAGUUUUACGGUCCGUUAUAUAGGAUCCGCUGAAACGUUCACGGCGACCGGAAAGGGAUGCACCACGCCGCUUGUUCAGCGACUGUGGGAUAACGCUGAGGAAGAGCAGUUCCUGCCGCGCAUGCGCGUGAAAAUUACUCCAUCUGGUGUCUCUAUGAAAAGCUUAGACAAGAAAAAGGUUCCUGAAAAGAUGUUCCCAAUCGAGAAUAUAUCCUUUUGUAAUGUAGAUUUGGAAGUGAACGAUCGCAUAUUUUCGUGGAUAUCGCGUCCGGCAGACGACAAAAUGUGGGAGUGUCACGCGGUCUACUGCUCCAGCACGGAAAAGGCGCGGUCAAUGUCGCUCGUGCUCACUCGGGCGUUCCACAUCGCCUACAAGGAGUGGAAAUCCAGCCAAACGAAAGAAGUAAGGGAAAUGGAGAAGCAUCACCGCUCAAAAUCGCUUCCCGCGAUAUCGUUGGAGAAGAAAAUGCGAACGACGCGCGAUCCUGUUACCAAACAACAAAGCCUUGACCUUCGCAACUCGCAGGUUCAAACUGAGACAUCAGUCAUGGAAAAUAUCCAUGUGUUAGCAAAUGGACUAAGUCUAGCAGAGACGGCUUUUAAAUCGCAAACUUCCGUAAAAUCCAACCUUUCUUCGAAGGCAGCGAUUUCGGAUGCGACCAGUGAUUAUACGGACAUGGAUUCAGAUAUAAAGCCCGGAACGUCAUCGGAAGUUGAGCUCACGGGUGAGGCUUCCGGUGAUCAAAUAGAAGACUGCGACUUAAGACUUUAAAACAUGCGUUUAUUUGUUUUAAGAUAAAUAUAUGAAAUACAUAAUGGUGAGAAAAGAUGUGUCGUUAAUACUAUUUAGAUUUUAGACUUUAAAGUUGACUUGAACAACAAGUUUAAUAUAAUGUCAAAACGUUUAGUUCUGCUAUAUCUUGUAAUACUGUUUCUAGUGGUGUUAUACUAUUUUAUUGUAAAUAAUUAAAUAGUUAUUUAUUUA